AGCCAGAGCAGAAGCCUAUAUAGGCGGCUAUCCCACCACCAGGCUCACUUCCCCACAGGACCUCCCACCAGCCCAGCCUCUCAGCCCAGGCUCAGCCCUCCGCCCCCAACCGAGUUGCAGGAUGUCGAUGACAGACUUGCUCAGCGCUGAGGACAUCAAGAAGGCCCUGGGGGCCUUUGCCGCUGCCGACUCCUUCGACCACAGAAAGUUCUUCCGGAUGGUGGGGCUGAAGGACAAGAGCGCGGACGAAGUGACCAAGGUGUUCCAGAUCCUGGACAAAGACAAGAGCGGCUUCAUCGAGGAGGACGAGCUGGGAUCCAUCCUGAAGGGCUUCGCUGCAGAUGCCAGAGACCUGUCUGCUACUGAAACCAAGACGCUGCUGGCUGCGGGCGACAAGGAUGGGGACGGCAAGAUCGGCAUUGACGAAUUCUCCACUCUGGUGGCUGAAAGUUAAGAGGCUCUGGCUGCCCCCCCUCUCUACCCCCGACCCCCAACCUCAGCCCUCCCGCUGUCCUCCUCCGUUUCUGCUCAGUUUGUUUAUGUUAUUUUUUACUCCCCCCUGUCCUCCUUCGGCCCUCAAAUGACACCGUCCUUCUGGAAAAUGCUGGAGAAACAAUAAAGGCUGAACCAAUGGG